AUGUCGUUCCACCCAUCUGCCUGUAACCCGCCUGUCAUUCCGCACCAGCCUGCUCCUUUGAAAUCGGCUGCUCACGUGAAGCUCUUCAAGGCAAGCUCCUCUGGUACCAUGAUUUGGCGGCCUUGCCGUUUAUUACCCGAUGUGCCUCAGUCGGCAGUCCUGUUCGAGGCAUCAAGGCGCGGUCAGGUAGAUCACAUUUGGUAUUCGGCAGCGUGGACUCGAGUAUCGCCACCGAUCAUGUCCAGUCCUACCUUACCACCCCCGCUCGGUCGACACGGCCAAUCUCUUCCCGUCAGUCCACUUCGUUCGGCCUUGAAAAAGGUGCAAGACCUCGACGAUACGAUCAGUCGUCCUUCCGCGACCCGAAGGGUCACGUUUCAAUCCUCUGACCAUCCGAACGAAACCGAGUUGAUCAAGGGCUUGAUAUCGGUCGAUCCGCUCGUCACCGUAGCCAUCGAGAAGAACCUCAACAAACCUUUGCCUGGUCUACCUGUACGUAGGCCUCGAGUCAUGAAGAGGUUGACCGGCGCCUCCUUAAAUCCUUCUCAGCGGUCUGUUUCGGCCUCGGACCCUACCAGCCCUGCCAACGUGGAACCCAUGGCAGUUCCCCAGACGCCUCCAGCGAAGUCGGAUCGACGCGCUUCGGUAAUCAUCGCGACUCCAGACCACGAGCGACCGACUCUUACCAGCAGUCGAACUGCUCCUUUGCCUGUAACGAUUGCACCGGUGGAAGUCUUUCCACCCAGCUUCGACAGGAGGGCUACACAGACCGGCAAUCCUUUCGCUUUCAUCCCGGUUAUGGAGCCCACCAAGGCGCCUCUUCGUGGAUGGAACCCCCACGACCUCGAUUGUCCUGCUUUGACGCGCGGGUCGGUCGACAGUAUCGCCUCGAGCCGUACCAACUCUCGAGUGACGACCCCGUCGCCCAAACUGGAAUCCGCCUCUGGCUUCCCCUUUCCGCCAGUCCAAAUCUACGAAGAGGACGAAACAUACAACGAACCAUUUGAAUUCAAGGAGGAACCGCUCUUUGACUCCAACAAAGAUCAUAACAACCCGUAUGAGCCAGAGUCGCAAUUCCACCCUUUGAUCCAGGAGAUGCUUCGAGAGAUCGACCAAGCGCAUUCUGAAUGGGUCGGUCAGCCUAUUGUUGCCACUCAGAUCAAACCUGAGAAGUCUACCCCGAUCGACAUCGCCCAACUAAAGAAGAGCGGUCGAACUGCUCAAAACAGGCGCAGCGCUUCGACCAGCUGUCUUCCGCAAGCUAAUGACGGAAGCUCUGCACCUACCAAGAAGGAACAACUUCCUGAGCUUUUCGAGUCGCUCUUCCAGGGUAGCGACGACGGCGGUCAUCUCGACUAUCCUGAACCAGACUUGGUUCAGCCCGAAAAGCUUCAACCUAUGGUCAAGAAAGUUCCACGCAAGCCGGUCAUGCAGAGUUUCACUCGUCCCGAAAUGCAAGCUAGGAGUCAAAGCGCUGUCGUCUGUUCUUCCUCCCGUUCCCGACGACGAACUGAAGUCGCCAAGCCGAACGAAUUCGACCUUUUUGCCACCCGGGACUUGGGCGACCACAAGCGGAACUAUGACAAAGGGAAGCAGAUGGCCAGGGAGAUCGCCAAAGACUUCUGGGCCAAACAUGCGCCGACCAAGGGCAACGAAAAAGACCGACCCACCACCAAGGAACUGCUUGAAGGACUCUUUUACCAUGCACCUGCCGAUCUCUACCCUUGCCCUGAGCGUCUGCAAUUCCUCGGCAUUCAGCCGUCCAAGCAUGACCUCUUGUAA